AGAAGUUUACUUAAGUGAUUAGUAAUCAAGAAUUUUACGUCACGAAGUACUUACAAGAAUACCUCUCUUUGCACCGUUUGUUUUGUUUUGUUUGGAUAAUUAGCAUUCUCUUCUGCAACGAUAGCUGAGAUUCUCUUCACAGGGUCGUUAACAACCCGUUAAAAUGAUCUGAAAUCUUGCUAAGUAUUUCAAACGGAAAUCUCCGUACUUAACCGUACUGCCAAAAGUGGAAUUUUAGACAGUUCGGCCAUGUUGCAACGGGCUUAAUAUGAGGCGAUGGGGUGGCCUGAGGAGUUGUUUCUCUGUGGAGUGCGAAGGAAAUGGUGAAAUGGCUGUUUUCGACUUGCGGCACUGCAAUCUGACUUCAGUGCCAACAGACAUUUUUAAGGCCGAGCCAAACCUGGAAGAACUCUACCUGGAUGCCAAUCAGAUACGAGAAUUACCGAGGGCUUUGUUUGGACUGCAGAGUUUGCUAAUUCUUGGUCUAAGUGACAAUGAGUUGACCGUGUUACCAUCAGCUGUUUCUAACUUAGCGAACCUUAGAGAAGUUGACAUAAGCAAGAACGGUAUUAUUGAUUUACCAGAGAGUCUUAAAAACUGCAAAUGUUUGGAGCAAUUUGACGCAAGCGUAAAUCCGAUUGGAAAAAUUCCUGAUGGAUUUACUCAGUUGUUAAAUUUGACACAUGUGUAUUUGAAUGAUGCUUUCUUGGAUCGUUUACCAUCAAAUUUUGGAAGAUUAUCAAAGCUGAAGAUUCUAGAACUGAGAGAAAACCACUUGCGAUCAUUACCCGAGUCAAUGUCAUAUUUUACACAACUAGAAAGACUUGAUAUUGGAAGCAAUGAAUUUAUUGAAUUGCCAGCUGUUGUUGGUUGUUUGGUAAACCUGAAAGAACUUUGGAUGGACAAUAAUGGAGUCAGAGAACUUCCACCAGAAAUAGGAUUGCUUCGUCAACUUUUGUUUCUUGAUGUUUCCAAAAAUAGACUGGAGCGUCUUCCACCAGAAAUAGAAUGUUUACAGUCACUGACUGAUCUUUACUUAUCCAACAAUGUGUUGCUUGAAUUGCUUGAUAAUAUUGGUUCCCUUGGGAAUCUACAGACACUUAAAGUUGAUGAGAAUCACCUUGCUGAACUUCCAGCAAGUAUUGGAAGACUCUCUUAUCUGGAAGAGCUAGUCAUAAAUCAUAACGAGUUAGAGAGUUUGCCAGCUUCCAUUGGACUCUUGAGAAAACUACGCAUCUUGUAUGCUGAUGAAAAUUUCCUAGAGGCAAUUCCUUUAGAGUUAGGUAGCUGCAUAUCAAUGACGAUAUUAUCACUACGUGACAACAGGCUUGUGCGGAUCCCAGAUGACAUUGGUCGCAUGCCAAACCUACAAGUUAUAAACCUUGCCUGCAACAGAUUAGAGUGUUUGCCUUAUACAUUCAGGAAGCUGACUACUUUAAAAGCUCUGUGGCUAUCAGAAAAUCAAUCCAAGCCAAUGGUUCCUCUUCAAUCAGAUUUUGAUCAUGGUACUCAGUCACAUAUACUGACUUGUUAUAUGUUUCCACAACAACCUCCAGCUGAUGAAGUAUCAGAGGAAUACAGUGAAGAUUCAGCAGGAAGUAUUCCAGCAUCUUUGCUAGAAGAACAAAUUAGACAAAGAUCUUCCAUUGUUUUCAACAUUGAUGAAGAUGAUUACCUGACAAGAUUAACAAGGUACCAGUCACCAUAUCCCAAGGAUGUGAAAGAUCGUGCCACACAGUACUUAGCGAGCAGACGGCAACAACAACAGGAGAUAGAGGUAACUCAGCCUGUGUUUCCCCCUCAGCACCAGUGUCACCAACAGGAACGACACCAGUAUAGGCACCAGUAUCAGCACAGAAUUCAGCACAUGGCCCCACAGUCAAACAGCACACACGGUCAGCAGCAGCAGCCACCCGUGCCAGUUGUGGUGCAGUCAGUGGACCGCGGUGAGCUACCACAGCUGACAAGACCCCAAGAGGUGCGUACAGUUGAGGUGCCCUGGUACGAGGAUCAGCCUCCAGUCCCCACUCAAACUUCAGAGCAGAGACGAGGUCAACCAGCCGCGGUUGUCCACCCACUGAGCAGCAGUCAAAGGUUGAUAUCAAAUGGUAUCACUCAGCGGAGUAAUACGGGGAACGGCCAGGGCGACCAAAACAGGGAACCACAGCUUGUUAAAGUAAAUCAGGCCAUAGUAAGAAGUAUACCUGGAGAACGGCUUAUUGGGGGGCAAUCAUCGGCACAAGAGGUCGCAGCUGCCCGCAUUCCGCCCGUAUAUCAGCCUCCCCCACCCUACACCCCACGAGAAAACAGAACCACUCAUCCGCAUUCUCGGACAGGGGGCUCUGAAGGAUCAGUGGAAUCACAGCACUCAUUCCGUGAAGAAAUGCCCAGUGCGUCAUCUUAUCAGGGACGUCCGGGGGCUCGGCUGUGGAGUACCUCAUCUGGUGGGGGCCGAGAGUCAGGGGGCUCCCAAACAGGUGAAAUGCAUUCUUUCAACGAGGAGGAGCCCAGCUUCGUACAAAGUCCCCUUAGGCCUCCUUCGUAUUACGAGGCUACUAACCAAACUGAUAGAGCACCUUUUGAAAGUACUGUUCGACACGUCUUAUCUACAUCGCGAACUGUGCCUAAUUCGGUUGUAAUAAAUGGUUUAAACGGCAGCAAUAGAUCACCACCACCUCAGUACACUGUACAACCGGAAGCCUUCGCUCAACUCCCUGUCAGGCAUAUUUUACCGGAACCGGCAGUUCCUUUAAAUGCUAGUAGGCAACCAGUCGCUCCCGGCAGACCGGAAGUGAAUGGUUCACACACAUUCAACAUUUCGCAGGAAGACGCAGCGAGAUUCGAGAACAGAGUUCGACAGCUUCAACGUGAAAGAGCCAUGGAGCGUGGCGAAGUAAUGGUCGAUGGAACUCAGACGAAUGUCGCAGACAAUCGGAGGUCUCACAACGACGCGUCUUCAAUACGCGUUCUUAACCGGAGCAACUCAUCAGAGUCUCGUAAUUCCGUCCACUCUGUUUCUUCUGCACAAGAGGAGGAAGAUAGUGAACCUGUGGAUAAUGACCCAACCAUUGAACUGAUUCAGGUGGAAGUUUACAAGAAUCCUAAUCUUGGAUUUAGUAUCGCAGGCGGUGUCGGUACCACUUCAAAUCCCUUUCACCCGAAUGAUAACAAGAGUAUAUAUGUGACUAAAGUACAGCCAGAUGGGCCGGCAGCAUUUGGACUUGUACCCGGAGACAGAAUUUUAGAGGUGAAUGGAAUCAACAUAAGACGUGUGACUCACGAGAAAGCUGUGAUGUUCCUCAAACACAACCAAUGUGUGAAUCUACUUAUCGCGCGCAAAAAGGACCAAUCUCGAGCUCCUUGAGAGCAGAUAAGCAAAAAAUAGUCGAACUCAGCGACAUGGAACCGGCAGGAUUGUGACGUCUUACAAACGAGUCGGAGAACAAGAACACAAUAGCAAAUACCACAGCACAGUGUUAUCGUGACCUUGACGAGAUAGCAAGAAAUUGAUGGUCACGCUAAGAGAGCUCAGUCACGCGACACAUCAAAGCCAUACAAGAAACUUACUAACCAUAAGAUUUCGAAUAGGAACAACUUGUUGCUGAUAAUUUCUUCGAGUUACGUACAUUUUGAACUGCAAAAAAACUACCUGGGUUUUUUCGACUUCGCAGCGAAGACUGGACUUACUGUAAAAAAAAGAAAAAGAAAUAGCUCUCUAAAUCAGGACAGUUAGUCCUAACGCCUUCUUGUGCCUUCAAAAAUGGCAGAUAUUUAUUUUCCAGGGAGCUUGUUUUAUGGGGUGUCCCAAAUAAAGUUUAUGGAAAUAAUCCUUUUCUCAUGGGUUGUAUUCCAUAUUUUUUCUUAUGA